UCGUCCCCCCUCCCACCUCCCCCCAUCUUAGUGCCUGAGCGGCUUGGCCAGAGCUGCUGCUACUGCAGCAAGAGGUAGGGCUGAGGCGUUGAGAAUUUCAUGGACAGGCGGUCGCACAAGAAAGACACACAGAGGUAGUGGUGUACACUAAGCCCUUGACAGCAAAUAGCAGGUGUCACACUAAUUAAAAGCAUCUACUGAGAGAGUAGGAGAAGAUGGCCACUCUGAACCAUACCAACUGUAAUACAGAGGCAUCAGCUGCCCCGGAGGAGGCAAAGACCUCUCGUUGCCCGCCGAGCCCCCAGACAGCCCAUGAGCCUCGUGACUUUGGUGGUUCCUUGCUUCUGCCAUUAGAAAAGGAGAUUCACUCAGAAGAUGAAGGUAUUGCAUCGGCUGGGGUUGGCUCAGGUUGUAACAAUAGAGGUCCUCGGACCCAGAGCCCACGGUGCUGUUCAGUGGAGGCAGUGCUGGCCCGAAAGAAGCACCGAAGGCGGCCAUCAAAGCGCAAGCGCCACUGGCGGCCUUACUUGGAGCUGAGCUGGGCUGAGAAGCAACAGCGAGAUGAGAGACAGAGCCAGAGGGCCUCCCGGGUCCGUGAGGAGAUGUUCGCCAAAGGCCAGCCCCUGGCACCCUACAACACCACCCAGUUCCUCAUGGAUGACCGUGACCUGGAGGAACCUAACUUGGAUGUGCUCCACGGGCUCUCCCACCCAGGCUCCAGUGGUGAGAAUGAAGCAGGGGACAGUGAUGGGCAGGGCCGAGCUCAUGGGGAAUUCCAGCAGAGGGACUUCUCUGAGGCUUAUGAGCGAUACCACACUGAGAGCCUUCAGGGCCGCAGCAAGCAGGAGCUGGUGCGAGACUACCUGGAUCUAGAGAGGCGGCUGUCACAGGCUGAGCAGGAAAGUCGGAGGCUCCAGCAGCUGCAGGGGCGCCCUAGCAGACAACCCUGUCAACAGGUGGAAGAGCUGGCUGCUGAGGUGGAGAGGCUCCGGACUGAAAACCAGAGGCUCCGGCAGGAGAACGAGAUGUGGAACCGAGACGGCAGCUGCUGUGACCAGGAGAAGCCAGCCACAGAAGGGAUCCCCAGGCCCAAGGAUGAGACCCCAUUCUGUGCCCAUGCAGGCCAGCUGGGUCACAAGGAGGCAGAUGACAGAUGAAAGCUGUUCCCCGCACCCCUCCCUCCACUGAGAACUGCUAAGACAAGGUCAGAGUUUCCCCUUGUCGUUCCCACCAUUUCCACGAUUGGGUCUUUGAUGUCAUCUAACUUUUUACAGAGGAAUUAAAUGGCCUUGUGAGAACCAGU